AUGGGGCAGAGCUAUUCUCUCACGACGCCAUACGCCGGCUCGGCCGGCAUCGAUGUGCCCGAGCUUUCCGACCUCGUACACGAACGGUCUCUCGGCGAUGCGCGCUUCAUGAAGGCCAUCCGUGCUCGCAGCUACGAUGGCCUGGUCCUGGCCAAGGUGACGGUCAAGCCGCAUACGCCCAUGUCACUGAAGUCAUACGGCGCCAAGAUCCUGCAAGAAACGGACAAACUACGAGACGUCCCCAACGCCCUGGCCUUCGAGCGCGCCUUCGAAACCGAGACGAAUGCGUACCUUGUCCGCCAGUUCAUGUACAGCUCGCUCUACGACCGUUUGUCCACCCGGCCGUUCCUAGAGGAUAUAGAGAAGAGGUGGAUCGCAUUCCAGCUGCUGUGUGCUCUGCGCGACUGUCAUGCCCGCGACGUGUACCACGGAGACAUCAAGACGGAGAACAUACUGGUUACGUCGUGGAACUGGGUUUACUUGACUGACUUCACGGGCUCUUUCAAGCCGACAACCCUCCCCGACAACAACCCUGCGCUCUACUCCUACUUCUUCGAUCUCUCGGGCCGCCGGACGUGCUACAUAGCACCCGAACGCUUCCUCGCCCCGGGCGAGGAGCCCAAGGGCAGCGGCAAGAUCACAUGGGCUAUGGACAUGUUCAGCGCGGGUUGCGCCAUUGCCGAGAUGUUCCUGGAAGCUCCCAUCUUCAGUCUCAGCCAGCUGUUCAGGUUCCGGCGUGGCGAGUACGAUCCUGUCAUAUCCCAUCUCAGCAGGAUAUCCGACCCAGGCCUCAAGGAGAUGCUCUCGAGCAUGUUGGCCUUGGACCCGGAGAAACGCUACUCUGCUGAGCAAUACCUGGACAUAUUCAAGGCCAAAGUCUUCCCCGAAUAUUUCUACACAUUUUUGCACCAGUACAUGGAGCUUCUCACCGAUUCCUCCUCGGGGCGCGCACCUGUAUCAGGGGCGGCCAAGAACCUCGGCGAAACUGACGAGCGGAUAGACCGUGUGUUUUAUGACUUUGACAAAAUUUCCUACUUCCUGGGCUACCACGAUGGCAAGCCCUCCACCGAGGUGGCGCCUUUCAACCCGCGUUUGGGCUUAGGUCUCUUUCCCGUGAGGCUGAAUAUUCCCAACAAUGAGCAUUUCGUCUCCGCUUCCGCGCAGCCGGCAGCCGACGACGGGACUUUGAUAUUUCUCUCUUUAGUUGCAGCGUCCCUGAGGCAUACCGCACGCGCUGCGUCUAAAGUGAGAGCCUGCGACGUGAUGCUGGCCUUCUCCGAGAGACUGACGGAUGAGGCAAAAUUGGACAGGGUUCUCCCUUACCUUAUGAUGCUACUCAAUGACGAUGUCGAUACCGUAGCUAUUGCAGCUCUGAGAUCGGUCACACAACUUCUAGCCAUGGUCACUGUAGUGACACCUGUCAACGCACAUGUCUUUCCAGAAUACAUCAUGCCUAGGAUGCAGGUGUUCCUUUCCGGAGCCUCGCGACAGCCAGUCAUGGGCAAGGAGCGUAGAGAGCCAACACCUCUGGUUAGAGCCACAUAUGCCUCCUGUCUAGGUAGCUUGGCUAGCACGGCUCGCAGGUUCCUGGAAAUGACGGCGAUAUUGCGUGCAGAAGGGUCUAUCGCAACGGCCGAUCCGGAAAUCGAAGCCGGCAGUGACGCUGAGGCAGCCUUUGAUAACGUGUUUGACAAUGCAUCACAGGAGCUUGUGGAUCUCUUUGAAAUCCAUGCCAAAGCUCUGGUCGAAGAUUCGGAUGCAGCUGUCAGGCGCGCGUUCCUCAGCUCUGUCCCCGAGCUCUGCAUGUUCUUCGGAAGUGCAGAGUCCAACGAUAUCCUGCUGACGCAUCUGAACACGUACUUGAACGACCGAGAUUGGAUGCUGAAAUGUGCUUUCUUCGAGACAGUUGUCGGCAUUGCUACUUUCCUAGGUAGCACGAGCCUGGAAGAGUUCAACUUACCACUAAUGGUUCAGGCUUUGACCGAUCCGGAGGAGCAUGUAGUCCAAGCAGCACUACACUCUCUCGCCGAGUUGGCAAACCUUGGUCUCCUAUCAAAGGCGAAAAUUUGGGAGCUCCUCGAUGUCGUGGGUCGCUUUACGGUACAUCCGAACCUGUGGGUUCGCGAAUCCGCGGCGGAGUUCUUGUCAAGUGCUACCAAACUCCUGUCCCCCGCCGAUAUAAGGUGUAUCGUUCUGCCUCAUAUUCGCCCUUUCCUGAAAGAUGCCAUAAUUCCCGACUUUUCUGAGCUGGGGCUGCUUGAUGCUUUGAAGAAGCCACUCUCACGGACGGUCUUCGAUCAGGCCUUGGUAUGGGCACAGAAGGCAGACAAGAGCUUGUUUUGGAAGACUAUACAGAGACAGAAACAGUCUACAUUUACUAUCACUUCCAUGGGAAUGGCGAGGGGGUCGCGCGAGCCUCAAGCCUUGGCUCUCAGCAAAUUAUCGAAAAGCGAGGAAGACGAGCAAUGGCUUCUACGCUUGCGUAAUUACGGGCUUACUCAAGAAGACGAAUUUAAGCUCUUGGUACUAAGAGAGUUCAUUUGGAGGUUAAGCCAGAUGAAGAGCCGUGACGGUGCUACGACGGAAGGCACUUCUACUGGCUUGACACCAAUACUCACUCUGCGCAGUAUACUUGAGAAUGAGAAAUUCCAGGUCCAAACAAUCAUGUUCGAUGACACGAUAGCACCUGAGCAACCAUCCCAACCAGCUGGCCAACGUCCAAUUCCCGACAAAGGGCCUUACACCAUUGCUGACGCCCUCCUGGAUGCAUCCAUGACCAUAGACGAGCCGGUCGGUCGACGGAAGACAGCUGCUAUCAACAGCCACCGGUCUAGAUUGAGUAUCCAAGGCGGUAUCGUAUCACCUCGAACGUCAUUAUCGCCUACAGGCACGCACUCCUCGUCUCCUGUCGAUGGUCGUGGCGGGUUUGGCGACUCCCGGCGCGCAUCAUCUGCCGUUCGCGGACGAACCUCGGAGAGGGGCGAAGACGUGACACCCUCAGAUAGACCAUUCUCUGCCCGUCGCGCAGUCCGACAACAGUCCAGUGCGCUUGAUCUAUUGAGAAAAGACAGUAACAGGUCCAUGGCGGAGACCAGCACAACUGAAACGAACGCGUUCGGUGAAGUUGAAGGACCGUUUGUACAGAAUCCCCCGAAGAUAGCAUUGCCCGGGGCCGCUCAGGAGAAUGUCGAUUUGAAUACCAGAAGCGGCCAACCUACUAGGCAGAGAGCCUCGCAUACGUACGAAGGAAACGACCCUAAUAUUUUAAAGAUGUUGGAUGGCAUGUUCAUUGAUAACUACCCACAUGACAUUGCUGAGUUUGGUCCACUCGUCGCACCGGUGUCCCGACGGACUGCCAAGAGCAUGGCUCAACCACAACAAGACGCAUGGAGACCAAGCGGAAGACUCAUAGCAACCUUUUCGGAACAUAUAGGGGCAGUCAACCGAAUUGUUGCUUCCCCUGAUCAUAUGUUUUUCAUCACAGGAGGCGACGACGGUGCCGUCAAGGUCUGGGACACCGGAAGACUUGAACGAAAUGUUUCCCAUCGCUCUCGGCAAACUCACAAACAUGGGCAGGGGGCUAGGGUUGUCGCCUUAUGCUUCAUAGAGAACACACACAGCUUCAUAAGCUGUGCGACCGAUGGUUCGGUACACAUUGUCAAAGUCGACACGAUACAUUCCAGCGGAUCGCCGAAGUAUGUUCGCCUGCGGCUGCUUCGUGAGUACCAACUGCCGGCCGAUGAAUAUGCAGUUUGGUGUACCCAUUUUAAGCUGGAUCUCCCUUCCGUUCUACUGAUCGCUACGAACCGUUCGCGUAUUCUGGCUAUCGAUCUAAGGACCAUGACUCUUCUCUACGCGCUUGAGAACCCUGUGCACCAUGGUUUCCCAACGUGCUUUGUGGUGGACCGCAAACGCCACUGGCUUUUGCUCGGAACAUCACAUGGCGUGCUGGACCUAUGGGAUCUGCGAUUCAAACUACGGCUCAAGAGCUGGGGCAUUCCAGGCAAAACUCCCAUCCACAGACUUUCCCUCCACCCCAGCAAAGGCCGCGGAAAAUGGGUCUGCGUGGCUGGCGGCACCGGCCUUCCCGAAGUAACCGUUUGGGAUCUCGAGAAGACGCAAUGCCGGGAGAUAUAUCGCGCAGCAGGGUCAUCCUCUUCCAAGGAAGGGCCACGAGAAUACAAGGCUUGGGAUGUCGACGAAGAUAAGCCUGAGGGCAUGCUUGGCCGUUUUGCUACGAGCAUCGAGCCUUCCGCUGCUAGCGCCACAGACCGCUGUGUACGUGCCAUGGCCGUAGGCAGCGGGGCUUCUGGAUCCGAUGAGCGUGAUGUACGUUAUGGCUACAUAGUCACAGGGGGUGGCGACAAGAAGCUUCGGUUCUGGGACCUUAACAGGGUGGAGCAAUCCAGUGUCUUCAGUGGUCUACUGGGCGACAACCAAGACGCUCCGGCCGGGGCCAAGCCUGUUUUCAUGGCACAGACGUCGCCCAACAAUCCCGGCCUCGUUCUGAACCUCGAGCGGAUUCCCAAAUCCUCAGACCAGAAAGGGGGCAAGGACGGAGAGGCAUCGACGAGAAAGAAGGAAAAGCCACCCCGGCACACUGUCAUCUCGGCAGAGCAGGCCAGACUGCUGAGGAGCCAUCUCGAUACUGUCCUCGACAUAGCCGUGCUGGAGCACCCGUACACAAUGACGGUCUCGGUGGACCGCUUGGGCGUCAUCUUUGUGUUCCAGUAG